CUGUUGCCGUGCGCUGUAAUUCGUCCAGUGUCGUAGCGGAUGAAAUUGAACCUCCAGGCGAGGCAUUACGUUGCGUGCCUGCCUGAGACUGCGCGUGUGUGCGAGAGUGAAUAUAACACGAGUGUCAGUGUAUUGGUGGUGCUGUGGUGCUAGUGCGCUCUGUGCAAAGCAAAGGCAGCAAAAUAAGAAAAGAAAAAAAAAGAUAACAUAAAGCAAAGUAAAAGAGCCAUAGUGAAAGAUCAGCGCACUCAUACAUAUGUGAAUGUAUGUAUGCAUGUGUGAAUGCACACACAUACACAUAUACGUACGCGACUUGCAAUGAAAAUAAAGUAGAGAAAAGUUGUGUCAAAAUGAAAUAACAAAAACGGAAAUUUAAAACACAUACAACAUAUGCAAACGGAAUUCAAUGAAGCUGCAAAAACUGCCAAAUAUCAAAUGGAAAACUGCGAUGCAUAAAUGAAAACUAAACGCGUGACGUGUAUGAAAAAGACUUCAGCGAAGGUCGCAACUUAGAAACAUAGAAUAGAAUAGAGAAUAUCGAAAGCAAUAUGUCACACAAGACGAGCACCAGACGAGCCUCAGAGCUGGAGUGUCCGCUGGCAUCGCUGGGCCGCAACAGCAACGCUGUGCGGGAUCAGCUGGCGGCAGCGCAUUAUCAUCAUCCGCAUCCAUUGAGCUCCAGCCCCCUCGAUCCGCAGGCGUACAAAAUGUCCAGAAAGUCGCCCAAUCUUAGCCUGAAUGUGAACGACACCGUUGCUAGCGGCGAGCUGUAUCCCCUCGACUCUCGCAGCUCGACGCCACACAGCGAUCAGCAGACGCCUUCAACAGCCGCAGCAGCAGCGGCAGCGACUACGGCAGCUGUGCUGCACAUGGUGCAGCAGAAGGCUGCCACAUUCGAGCUACGCGGGCGACACACGCGGCACGAACCGUCCAGCUAUGGGGCACACUCCACAGCCUCCGUCGGUCGCCACGCCCAGUCGAAGAAGUCUCCCGAACUGCAGACGCUGCCUGCGCCUGCGACGAGGACAACGGUGCCAGUGCCACAGCCGCGCAACUUCCUCACACUGGACUGGUUGCACGGCAACAGCGCCGACACUGAAGACUCCAGCGACAACAAUGCUGGAGGCGCUGCCAAUGGACGGCGAAGAGCUCAAGCCCAGAGCGGACGCUGCAGCGUGCCCACUGUGCUGGGCAAUGGCAACAGUGCUCAGUAUCUGCUCGACAAGAAGAUGGAGUCACUCUACCUGGGCAAUGCAUUGCGUGCUCUGCCUCUCGGCGCCGAGGCGAGUCAGUAUCAGAACGAGAGAUACUACCUGGAGGACUACAGCAGUGGGAGCGGGAACGAGAGACUUCCAGAGCGCUUGCAUCAUCCCCGCAAUUCAAGUCCCAGUGAGACGAGUGGCUCGGAUCGCUAUCUACUGAAUCGCAGCACCAACUCGCCCGCCAAUGCCUUCCAGCUGGAUCACCACCACACCAAAGUGCAAAGCCUCUCCGACGGCCUGUGCAACAUGGGUCGCUUUUCGCCCAGCCUCGACCAGGGCUACGCCACUCUAGUGUCGCCAUCGCCAACUGGCCAUCAUCCGAGCAGCACAAGCGGACUGGUGGUAGGCGGCAACAGCAACAGCAAGAACAGCAACAGCAGCAGCGUUGUUGGCGGUGGCGUCAUUGCCAGCAGCACGCCAGCGACAACGCCGCGUCGUGGAUUGACCAGCAAUGUCACAGUGGGUGCAACGGCAAUUGGUCCGCCACCCUGGAACCGCAAGGGUCCCUUUCGCUGUGGUCCCUACUUCGAGCGGCUGCCCGACGAGGCGGUCGUGCGCAUCUUCAGCUGGCUGGACAGCUGCGAGUUGUGCAACGUGGCGCGAGUCUGUCGCCGGUUUGAGCAGCUCGCUUGGCGACCCGUGCUCUGGAAGUGCAUCACGUUGCGUGGCGAACAUUUGAAUGGCGACAAGACGUUGAAGAUGAUAUUCAGGCAGCUGUGCGGCCAGAGCUGCAAUGGCGCCUGCCCGGAAGUGGAACGUGUUAUGCUCGCCGAUGGUUGUCGCAUCUCCGACAAGGGGCUGCAAUUGCUCACGCGUCGCUGUCCCGAGCUGACGCAUCUACAGCUGCAGACUUGUGUGGGCGUCUCCAAUCAGGCUCUGGUCGAGGCGCUGACCAAGUGCAGCAAUCUGCAGCAUCUGGACGUAACCGGCUGCAGUCAAGUGAGCAGCAUUAGUCCAAAUCCACAUAUGGAGCCACCGCGUCGUUUGCUGCUGCAAUAUCUCGAUCUGACCGAUUGCAUGGCCAUUGAUGACAUGGGCCUCAAGAUUGUCGUCAAGAACUGUCCACAGCUGGUGUAUUUGUAUCUGCGACGCUGCAUACAAAUUACAGAUGCGGGUCUGAAGUUCGUGCCCAGCUUUUGUGUGUCGCUCAAGGAGCUAAGCGUCUCCGACUGCGUCAACAUAACUGACUUUGGCCUCUACGAGCUGGCGAAAUUGGGCGCCGCUCUGCGCUAUCUCUCCGUUGCCAAAUGCGAGCGAGUUUCUGAUGCGGGCCUCAAGGUGAUUGCACGACGCUGCUACAAGCUGCGUUAUCUGAAUGCUCGCGGUUGCGAGGCCGUCAGUGAUGAUUCCAUCACAGUCCUGGCACGCUCCUGUCCUCGUCUGCGCGCCUUGGACAUUGGCAAGUGCGAUGUGAGCGACGCAGGGCUUCGGGCACUGGCCGAAAGCUGUCCCAACCUUAAGAAGCUUAGCCUACGCAAUUGUGAUAUGAUUACGGAUCGUGGCGUGCAGUGCAUAGCAUACUAUUGUCGUGGCCUACAGCAGCUAAACAUACAGGACUGCCAGAUAUCCAUUGAAGGCUAUAGAGCGGUGAAAAAAUACUGCAAGCGCUGCAUCAUCGAGCACACAAAUCCGGGCUUCUGUUGA